AUGAGUAAACCAAAUCGUUAUAAAUUCAAUAAAGAUUCCAAAAGUUUUACACCGUCAAGACAUCAUGAACCAAUAGCAAUGAUGAACAGCAUGCCGGUAGGCGUACCAACCCCCAUGAUGCCUAUGCCUGGAAUGAUGCCUAUGCAUAUGAAUCCUAUGAUGAUUAAUCAAAUGAAUCAAAUGAAUAUGAAUAUACCCGUAAUGAAUGGAGGUUAUGAUUAUCAAAACAUUUAUGGAGGUCCACAAUAUAAUUAUUAUCAAUAUUAUCCACAACCAGUUGAAUUUGAUCCUUAUCAAGCACCAUAUCCUUAUCCUCAAAGUCCUAUGAACAAUAAUUCCCAAUCUUCUCAACAAGACAAUUUAUCACCUGAACCUCAACCAAUAUCUGAACCUUCAGAAACUGUUGGAACUCCAGAAACUGAAUUAAUCCAAGAUAGUGAAAAAUCCACUCCCGAUAAGGUUUUUGAUAUAGGGACAAACUCCGAAGAAUCCCCUCAAGAUCCAAUUUCAAUUCAACAAUCUGAAGAUUCUAAAGAUGAAAUACUACAUUCACCUAUUUAUAUUAACACUAGUUAUGAAGACUUCAAAUCUCAAGAUUUCUCCCAUCGUCAAGAAUCAUUCAUUAGCAAGCAAUAUACUCCUGAGAAGUCCAUUACUAUAAAUCCUUAUAAUUAUGAAAUCACCGAUUAUAGUAAAUCAUCACAAAAACCAAAAUCCAAUUGGGCAAGCAUCCUUCAUCACAAUGUUGAUAAACCGGUCCAGAAGAAACCUAUAACGAAACCACCUCCAAAAAUUGAACCUCCAAAAAUUCAAGAAGAAGAAAUCGAAAGUGUUGGGAAAUUAAGUUUAAAAACCAUGUUUGAUGAAGAUUUCUCCAUCAUUAAUAAAGGUGAACCUUUCAAAAUUUCACCUCGAGGUUUAACUAAUACAGGAAAUAUCUGUUAUAUGAAUAGUAUCUUACAAGUAUUGAUUUAUUGUGAACCAUUCAAUAAAUUAAUCAAAUUAAUGACAAAAACUCAAGGUUCAUUAACCAAAUCCACCACACCAUUAAUUGAUUCUUUAAUUCAGUUACUCAAUGAUUUUAAUUCUGGUAAUUUAAAAUCUUUAAGUCCUGAACCUUUUUAUCAUAAUUUAACAUCAUUAAAAAAGUUUCAACAUUUAAAAUGGGGUCAACAAGAAGAUGCUGAAGAAUUCUUAGGUUAUUUAUUAGAUGGUUUACAUGAAGAAUUCAUUGAAAAUAUUAAAAAUUUAUCAAAUGAAGAGAUUGUUAAAGUCGUCAAUAAAUACCAAGGAGAAACAAAAUUAAAGAUUCAACAAGCAAUCAAAUUGAUUAAUAAUGAUUAUAACUAUGAUAAUGAUGAUAAUGAUAAUGAAGGAUGGAAUGAAGUUGGUAAGAAAAAUGAAUCAAGUUUAAAAAGAACCGUUGAAAUUGAACCCUCACCAAUUAAAACCAUAUUUGGAGGUACUUUCAGAAGUGUUUUGAAGAUUGGGAAAAAUCAAUCAAUUACAUUGGAUCCUUAUCAAUGUAUCCAAUUAGAUAUUAAAGAUGAUAAUAUCUUAACUAUUGAGCAAGCAUUCCAACAUUUAAAUGAACCUGAACAAAUUCAUGUUAAUGGUGAUAAAGAUAUUGCUAAAAAACAAACAUUCAUUGAUAAUUUACCACCAAUUUUAAUCAUCCAUUUGAAACGUUUUAGUUUCUUAAAUGAUGGUAAUGUUGAAAAAAUUCUUAAAAAGAUUAAAUAUGAUCAUACUUUAAAUAUUCCUUUGGAAGUAUUUUCUUUCAAAAAUCCUAAUAUUAAAAAUAGUUACCAAUUAACAGGAGUGGUUUAUCAUCAUGGUAUAAGUGCUGAAGGGGGACAUUAUACUGUAGAUGUAUUGAAAAAAUCAAAAUUAAUGAAUUCUAAUGGAUCCCUUAAUAAUAAUGAUAAUGAUGAAUGGAUAAGAAUUGACGAUACUUUAGUUAAUCAAAUAGAUAAAGAUGAAGUUUUGAAUGGUGAUGAUGACAGCAAAAAUGCAUAUAUAUUGUUUUAUCAACAAUUGUAA